AUGAAUCAAGGACCGCAGGACUCUGCCAUGUACCACGUCCUUCGCUCAGCAACCUUAAUGUUUCCUCGCCUUCCCUGUAUAUCAUUACUUGGACAAAGACUACACCGAACGAAGGCAGAACGUCAGUUUUGCCGGCGCGCACUCGUCCCUGUCAAGGCUAUUAAUCGUCACCUCAAGAUUCCUCCCGUGGACCCCUUGCCCUCGCUUUCUCCCGAUAAACGGUGUACAUACUACUUGAUGAUGGUGCACUGUUCCAAGUAG